GUGUCUGUGUAGCCGGGUAUGGGCAGUCUGGUGGGAACGAGAUUCUGCAGCUGCUCCCGCCACCAACGCUGCAGGCGAAGGAGACCCAGGGCCUAUGUCCAGAGAGAGAUUUCAAGGUGGAAUGUGGUGGAUUUUCAAACCGCCCAGUGUACAGCCUGAAAUAUGUGCCAGACACCAGCUUGCUGGUGACGACUGGCCCACCAGACAGCUCCCUCCAGGUCUGGCAGGUGUCAGCAGAGGACUCUGAUGUUAUUAAACCUGUAAGUGCCAUACCUACAGAAAGUGUCCCUGGGCAACCUUGGGCUAGAAUUGCAACCAUUUCGGCCAGAGCCCCAUGGGUCCUUCACGGCUCAAGACUGAACAGCGUCCAAAUUACAGAGGUUGAAUCAAGGAAAAAUGUCUACAUGGCAGGUGCCAAGGGCCAGCUGUGCCUGGCUGAUGUUCGGCAGCCGCAGAGUCCCUUGGAGGCUGUGUCUGUCCCCUCAGCGCCGUGUGGCGAGCGGUGGUGCAUGGGAGUCGGGCGCGGACCUCAAGGCUCUGACUCAAGCUCCCAGCCCAUAGCUUGCCUCUCGAGUGGAGGGCACCUCACCCUAACGGACGUCAGAAAAACCUCGGAGUCCUUGGCCUCAGCAAAGUGCAGAGUUCCCUCUCCCAGCUCGGCUGCGGAGUUCCUGUGCGUCUCCUGGGCUCCUGCUCUGGAAAGCUGCCUGGCCGUUUCAGGUUUUGAUGGGACCGUGCACGUGUAUGACGUGCAGAGCUGGGACAGCUCUGGCAGGGAAGCAGAGCCGAUCUUUGUUCACAAAGGCCAUGCGUUCGGCGGAUCAGACAGCAGUGGAGGCCCUCCCUUCGUCACAGUGCACGCGUGGCAUCCGCAGAAACCAAGAACUUUAUUGUCAGCAGCAAGCGACGGUUCCCUGCACAUUUGGGACUGGGUUCAGGCUUGUGGGUAG